ACAUGACUCCUCCUACAGUGAAUGCGUACUACGAUCCCACUAAAAACAACAUCGCCUUCCCUGCUGGGAUCCUGCAAGCUCCUUUCUACAACCAGGACUACCCCAAAGCGUUGAACUUCGGGGGGAUCGGGACGGUGAUGGGUCACGAGCUGACCCACGGCUUUGAUGAUGAGG